AUGACGAAAAUUCACCCAGAACACCAUACACUGUCUGCCACAACCAACAGCAGCAAACCAUCCUUUAAGAACAAACACAAGUCUCAGCAGCAAACCAAUGCCUCAUUGUCCUCCACUAAACGAAAGAGCAAAACUAAACCAAAUCCCAUCAAUGACCGACUUGAAAAGCUUCCCAUCUCGUUGAAAUUGUUCCUUAUUGUCAUAUUUGCCUUCCUCUCUCUCAUUGUAUUUGCUUGUAUUUUGGUGUAUAACUCUGUGCUAGACCUGCAAGCUUCUCUUGUCAUCACAAAUGUCUCCACGUUGACUACAUUGAUGGCCAAUUUGGUUCAUAGCAGCCAGAUUGAAAGAGCAGCCUCGUCAUUGUAUUUAGGUUCCAACGGUACUGAUUAUUGGAGCCUUGUAUUGGAACGAAGAAGCAAUACAGAUCAGGCUUUACUUCAAUUCAGUUCUGAACGUGAAAGAUUAAUCAAAGAGCUCAAAACCUCAUCUCCAUUGUAUAUACAAGUGCUUAAAAGUUUUGAAACAGUGGAUACGUUUAUCCAAUCUCUCAGCUCUUUAAGGGAGAAGAUUUUGAAGUUGCAGUUCCGUCAACCAAUUGAAGCUAUUAACUUCUAUUCCAACUGGAAUUUGGCCAUGAUUGAUACAGUUACUGUUGUAUCGAGUUUGAGCUCAGAGUCGACUUUUAUUACCAUUCAGUCUGCUUUCAAUACAUUGUCUUCAAUGAAGGAGUUUACAGGUCAAAAACGAGCGAUCGGAAGUGCUGCACUCGCUUCUCACCAAAUGCCAUUAGAUAACUUUCUUCUCUUUGUCCAAAACCAGGCGAAAACCACACUGCUUCAACACUAUUUACAUCUCAAAGAUGUGUUUCAUAUUUGGGAUACAUUCAACAAAACUGUACUGAGUACUAACGAAUUUGCAACAUCUCUAGAAAUGGAGGCAUAUAUCGUCACAAAUACUAACAAUUUGACUCAAUAUUCUGGAUCUGAUUGGUUUGGUAACAUGACACAGCAUAUUAACAACAUGAGACUUGUGGAGAUGUAUAUUAGUGAUUUAUCACUUGAUUACGCAUCACAGCUGUUUCAGAGAUCUAUUAGCGUCAUGAUUGGCUACAUUGUUAGUGCCUUUUCUGUUUCGUUGAUAUCAAUCAUUUUUGCCCUCAUUUUCUCUAAAUCCAUUGCGUCACCCUGGCAUAAAAUUGUUGAGCUUCAACGAAUUCAAGAAAUGUACAAGAGCUUCAUUCCUGCUCAUGUGCUUCUCCAAAUAGAAGGUAAUAAUGGCGACGACGGUGAUUAUGUGCAAUUGGAAGAAGAUGCAGAACCGAAUGAUGAAGAGCCAAAAUCACCCUCUCAUACCUCUACCAGUAACGCUAGUAGCGCCUUAAGAACUAGUUCAAAACAUAACAAGGUUGACUUGGCAUCUAGAUUUUCUCUCUAUCUUGAAAAGAAGAAAGUUUCCAUGAUCCAAGUUAAAAUUCAAGGAUUGAGUCACAUUAUGAAUGAGAUGUCACCUAUUGACAUUGUGGAAUUGUUGAAAGACGCUUUUGAGAAGAUUCAAUUUUCAACAAAGUCAACAAGCAGCUUGAUGGAACAUACUGACGACGAGUGUGUGACUAUUGCAUUUAAUGCAUCAAAGGAUCAAUCAAAGCACGAAGAAAGAGCUCUCAAGACCUGUGUAGAUUUGAACAACAAAUUAAGGGAAUUGCAAAAUUCAAAAUGGAAAAAUAGUUCCAAGUCUCAAUUUUCAGAAUUGGCUACCUCGCGUAUUGAUUUCAAACUUGCUGUACAUGUACAUCAAAGUCUUUGUGGUAAUAUUGGAACAGCGGAUGUGAGGUCAUUUAAGAUAUUAGGACCCAUCCAAGCCAAUCUCACCCGAUUGACAACGUUCGCUUCUCAAAUGAACGUUCGAAUUGUGUGUGAUGAAAAUAUUGCCAAAACAUGUCAUUCUUUGUAUCACAUUAGAUUUGUAGGAUUUGUGGACUUUUUGGAAGACGACACGUCAGCCACUAAAUUUGUCGGAGCUCGACACGUUCAUGAGGUUGGCCCUCCUUUACAAGUUUGUGACGAUGAGUGGCUAUAUGAACUUGCGCACAAACAAAAGAAUGAAGAGUGGACUGGUUACAAUGCUGCUUGCAAAGAAUACUUCUCAGGUAAUUUUGAAAAAGCAUUGUUUGGCUUUGAAGAAUAUACCAUCAACAACGAAUCUGACUUGCCUUGCAAGAGUAUGAUUGAGUUGUGUCGAAUGCAGUUUAAACAAAAGUGUUGA